CGUCCAUUUAAUUAUCGCUCCCAGUGGCAUCCACAACGUUUCCGUAACUCUUUAAUACGUUAAAAUGUCGGGAGGCUUAGAUAUUUUGUCCCUCAAAGAGGAAGAUGUUACCAAAAUGUUGGUAGCCACCACCCAUUUGGGCUCGGAAACCGUCAACUUCCAAAUGGAACAAUACGUUUACAAGCGCCGCCCUGAUGGUGUUAACAUCAUCAACAUUGGCAAGACCUGGGAGAAAUUGGUCUUGGCUGCACGUGCUAUUGCCGCCAUUGAACAUCCCUCAGAUGUUUUCGUCAUCUCUUCUCGCCCCAUUGGUCAACGUGCUGUAUUGAAGUUCGCCAAAUAUACUGAUACAACCCCCAUUGCUGGUCGUUUCACUCCUGGUGCAUUCACCAAUCAAAUUCAACCUGCUUUCCGUGAACCCCGUCUUUUGGUUGUCACCGAUCCCAUGACCGAUCAUCAACCCAUCAUGGAAGCCUCCUAUGCCAACAUCCCCGUUAUUGCCUUUGUCAAUACUGAUUCUCCUUUGCGUUACAUUGACAUUGCCAUUCCAUGCAACAACAAGUCUCCCCACUCCAUUGGUUUGAUGUUGUGGUUGUUGUCUCGUGAGGUUCUCCGUUUGCGCGGCACCAUCCCACGUAGCAUUGAAUGGAAUGUGGUCGUCGAUUUGUUCUUCUAUCGCGAUCCUGAGGAAGCUGAAAAGGAAGAGGCUGCUGCCAAGGAGCUUUUGCCAGCUGCUAAGGUUGAGGAAGUUGUUGAUCAUCCCGUUGAAGAAGCCUCCAACUGGGCCGAAGAAGUUGCUAUUGAUGUGGCUCCAGCUGUUGUUGCCGGUGCCGAAGACUGGAAUGACGAUACCGUCAAGUCCUCAUGGGGCAAUGAUGCCAACUUCUAAAUGCAUUUUUAGAAGCAUGUUUUUACAAGCAAAAUAUUAAAGGAAAUAAAAAAUUUAUUUCAAAGUAAA